CUGAGCUGGAGGGGCGGGCAGAUCCAGCACCGCCCCGCCACCUUCAGGGUCGGGGCCUCGGCGCUGUUCUCGAACUUCUGCAAAGUCUGCUGUGGCUCCGGGUUCCCGCACGUGGGUGCCUCCGCGUCGGCUCCCUAACCGCGCGGUCCUUCGGUCCAGCAGCAUCCGCGUUCCUCGCCCUGCACCUGCGCGCAGCCCCCGGCUCCCUGAGGCGACGGCCCCCGGCCCUCGGGUGCUCUCGCACUCCGCACGCCGCUCCGGGCUUUCGGCGGCGGCGCGUAGCCCGAGGCGGCCCGAGAGGCGGGGACGGGGCGUGCCGCCGGCGCCCGGUUCCCGGAAGCGGCUGGUUGUCGGCUCCCGCCGAGCGGACCGGCGCGGCGGCCCGAGCGGCAGCAUCUCCACCGGCGCUUCCAGGAGCAGCGUGAGCGGCCGGUUGCCCGAGCCGCGCGCCCCCGCCCGGAGGCAAGAUGCUGCCGGUGCACUCGGAGGUGAAGCCCAACCCGCUGCAGGACGCCAACCUCUGCUCGCGCGUGUUCUUUUGGUGGCUAAACCCCUUGUUUAAAAUUGGUCAUAAACGGAGACUAGAAGAAGAUGAUAUGUAUUCAGUGCUUCCACAAGAUCGCUCGAAGCACCUUGGAGAAGAACUGCAAGGGUACUGGGAUAAAGAAGUUUUAAGAGCUGAGAAGGAUGCACAGAAGCCUUCUUUAACAAAAGCAAUCAUAAAGUGUUACUGGAAGUCUUACGUAAUUUUGGGACUUUUUACAUUAAUUGAGGAAGGCACCAAAGUAAUUCAGCCCAUAUUUUUGGGGAAAGUUAUUAAUUACUUUGAAAAUUAUGAUCCCACCGAUUCUGUGGCUUUGCACGCAGCUUACGGCUACGCCACGGUGCUCACUGUCUGCACGCUCAUUCUGGCCAUUUUGCACCACUUGUAUUUUUAUCACGUCCAGUGCGCUGGGAUGAGGUUGAGAAUAGCCAUGUGCCACAUGAUUUAUCGGAAGGCACUUCGUCUUAGUAACAUGGCCAUGGGGAAGACAACCACGGGCCAGAUUGUCAACCUGCUGUCCAACGAUGUGAACAAGUUUGAUCAGGUGACAGUCUUUUUACACUUUCUGUGGGCGGGGCCGCUGCAGGCCAUCGCAGUGACUGCUCUUCUCUGGAUGGAAAUAGGAAUAUCAUGUCUUGCGGGGAUGGCAGUUCUGAUUAUUCUCCUGCCUCUGCAGAGCUGCAUUGGGAAGCUGUUUUCAUCUCUGCGGAGUAAAACUGCAGCCUACACGGACGCCAGGAUCAGGACCAUGAAUGAAGUUGUAACAGGAAUCAGAAUAAUAAAGAUGUAUGCUUGGGAAAAGUCGUUUGCAGAGCUUAUUACCAAUUUGAGAAGGAAGGAAAUUUCGAAGGUCUUGAGAAGCUCCUACCUCAGAGGGAUGAAUUUGGCAUCAUUUUUUGUUGCAAACAAAAUCAUCUUGUUUGUGACAUUCACCACCUAUGUGCUGCUCGGCAAUGUGAUCACAGCCAGUCGUGUGUUUGUGGCCAUGACACUCUAUGGGGCUGUGCGGUUGACGGUCACCCUCUUCUUCCCCUCAGCCAUCGAGAAAGUGUCAGAAGCAGUCAUCAGCAUUCGAAGAAUCAAGAACUUCCUGUUACUUGAUGAGAUAUCACGGCAUGACUCCCAGCUGCCACCAGAGGGUAAAAUGAUAGUGCAUGUGCAGGAUUUUACUGCUUUCUGGGAUAAGGCAUUGGAAACCCCAACCCUACAAGGCCUCUCCUUUACUGUCAGACCUGGUGAACUGCUAGCUGUGGUCGGUCCUGUGGGAGCUGGCAAGUCCUCCCUGUUGAGCGCUGUGCUGGGGGAGCUGCCCCCGAGUCAGGGGCUGGUCAAUGUGCAUGGAAGGAUCGCCUAUGUUUCUCAGCAGCCCUGGGUGUUCUCGGGAACUGUGAGGAGUAACAUUUUAUUUGGGAAGAAAUAUGAUAAAGAACGCUAUGAAAAAGUAAUAAAGGCUUGUGCUUUAAAAAAGGACUUACAGCUUUUGGAGGAUGGGGAUAUGACUGUGAUAGGAGAUCGGGGAACCACACUGAGUGGAGGGCAGAAAGCGCGGGUGAAUCUUGCAAGAGCAGUCUAUCAGGAUGCGGACAUCUACCUCCUGGACGAUCCGCUCAGUGCAGUGGAUGCAGAAGUCAGCAAGCACCUGUUCCAGCUGUGCAUUUGUCAAACCUUGCAUGAGAAGAUCACAAUUUUAGUGACUCAUCAGUUGCAGUACCUAAAAGCCGCAAGCCAUAUUCUGAUAUUGAAAGAUGGCAAAAUGGUACAGAAGGGAACUUACACUGAAUUUCUGAAAUCCGGAGUCGACUUUGGGUCUCUUUUAAAGAAGGAAAAUGAGGAAGCCGAACAGUCUCCAAUUCCAGAGACUCCUACGCUGAGGAAUCGUACCUUCUCUGAGUCUUCUGUUUGGUCUCAGCAAUCUUCUAAACUGUCUUUGAACGAUGGUGUUGCAGAGCGCCUAGAUGUAGAGAACGCACAGGCAGUGCAACCAGAGGAAAGCCGUUCUGAAGGAAAAGUCGGCUUUAAGGUCUACAAGAAUUACUUCACAGCCGGGGCAUCCUGGUUUAUCAUCAUCUUCCUCAUUCUGCUGAACAUGGCAGCUCAGGUUUCUUAUGUCCUUCAGGACUGGUGGCUUUCCUACUGGGCAAAUGAACAAAGUAUGCUGAAUAUCACUGUCAAUAGGGAAGGAAAUGGAACCCAGAAACUAGAUCUUAACUGGUACUUAGGAAUUUAUGCAGGUCUAACCGUAUCCACGGUCCUUUUCGGCAUAGCAAGAUCUCUGUUGGUAUUCUACGUUCUCGUGAAUUCUUCACAAACUUUGCACAACAAAAUGUUUGAGUCAAUCCUGAAAGCCCCGGUAUUGUUCUUUGAUAGAAAUCCAAUAGGAAGAAUUUUAAAUCGUUUCUCCAAAGACAUUGGACAUAUGGAUGACUUGCUUCCCCUGACAUUUCUAGAUUUCAUCCAGACGCUGCUGUUGGUGAUCAGUGUGGUGUCUGUGGCCAUGGCGGUGAUACCUUGGAUCGCAAUUCCCCUGGUUCCCCUCGCCAUCGUUUUCUUGUUUCUCCGACGAUACUUCCUGAAUACUUCAAGGGAUGUCAAACGCCUGGAAUCUACAACCCGGAGUCCAAUAUUUUCCCACUUGUCAUCUUCCCUCCAGGGGCUCUGGACCAUUCGGGCAUACAGAGCUGAAGAGAGGUGUCAGGAGCUGUUUGAUGCUCACCAGGACUUGCAUUCAGAGGCUUGGUUCUUGUUUCUGACGACAUCGCGGUGGCUCGCCGUGCGCCUGGACGCCAUCUGUGCCAUCUUUGUCAUCGUUGUUGCCUUUGGGUCCCUGAUUCUGGCAAAAACUUUGGAUGCUGGGCAGGUUGGUCUGGCCUUGUCCUAUGCCCUCACGCUCAUGGGGAUGUUCCAGUGGUCUGUUAGACAAAGCGCCGAAGUGGAGAAUAUGAUGAUUUCAGUGGAGCGGGUGAUUGAAUAUACGAAUCUAGAAAAAGAAGCACCUUGGGAAUAUCAGAAACGCCCACCACCCACCUGGCCCCAUGAAGGAGUGAUUGUCUUUGAUAAUGUCAACUUCACCUACAGUCUAGACGGGCCUCUGGUGUUGAAGCAUCUGACAGCACUCAUCAAAUCAAGAGAAAAGGUCGGAAUUGUGGGAAGAACAGGAGCUGGGAAAAGUUCCCUCAUCUCGGCCCUUUUUAGAUUGUCAGAACCCGAAGGGAAAAUUUGGAUUGAUAAGAUCUUGACAACUGAAAUUGGACUUCACGAUUUAAGGAAGAAGAUGUCCAUCAUACCUCAGGAGCCUGUUUUGUUCACUGGAACAAUGAGGAAAAACCUGGAUCCCUUUAAUGAGCACACAGAUGAGGAACUAUGGAAUGCCCUACAAGAGGUACAGCUUAAAGAAACCAUUGAAGAUCUUCCUGGUAAAAUGGAUACUGAAUUGGCAGAAUCAGGAUCCAAUUUUAGUGUUGGACAGAGACAGUUGGUGUGCCUUGCCAGGGCAAUUUUGAAGAAAAAUCGGAUAUUGAUUAUUGAUGAAGCAACUGCAAAUGUGGACCCACGAACUGAUGAAUUAAUACAGGAAAAAAUCCGGGAGAAGUUUGCUCAGUGUACCGUGCUCACCAUUGCGCACAGACUGAACACCAUCAUUGACAGUGACAGGAUAAUGAAAUACCUAUUGCCUUUCCAGAAAACAAGCAGUCUUCUGUUCUGUUAUUCUGAAUGCAUCAAGGACAUAAAGACAAGUCAAUCAGCCACAAAGCCUAAUGGUCCAGAGGCCAGCGGCCAGACUUGGGGAGUAGCUAGGGAAGUGACGGAUGCUAAUGAAGGGCAUAACCAACAGCAAUGUCAUCAUGAAGUCGUGUAAUUGCAAGUGCUUAAGGUGUAAUAAUUACAUUUUGUUGCACUGGUGAAUACUUUUCCACAAAGACGGAUGGAUAUGGUUUUGUUUACUGUAAGUAAAUCAAACAAAAGGCUUGUUGGGAAACAACUGUGACCUAAUUAAUAGCUUUGUUUAUGUGUUGGCUCUCCAAAGGGAUUUGCCCAGUUUUGGUUCAUUAAGCGCCAUUAAUGUGUUAGGCUUAGAAUUCUAUUUUAUAAAGAUGUUCUCUCCAUUUUAACUUUAUUAAACAUGGCGUAGUCGUUAUGGCAGCUAAUUUAAUCUUCCUCAUUUGCUCACUUGCCGCAAAACAGUGGAGCAAGACAGGCAAAUUAGCAAGCUGCUUUCUCCUAAAUAUUCCACACUGUCUGCGCCAAGGCGGCUCCCCUGGAGUGCUCAGGAUUCGCUGGUUACUGGUAAUCCGUUUUCUUCCCAGCCAGUGGCAGGCUUUCCCUCCAGGCCUGCACAUCCCAGUCCUUACCACUCUGGGUUCUCCUGGUAGAUGAGCAGAGGUGAAGAGGAUCUUCAGGUGUUGCUGUUGCCUGUGUCAAACGUGAGGGAAUUACUUAUGGAGAAUCCAAACCACGACUCAGAAACUGGGAUCGCGACUUACAGGGCCAUCUCAGGGCUGGAUCGUCUUUCUGAACUUAAAUCUUUCUUCAUUUUUUUUCUUGGAGAAAACAAAACUAGUAACUUCAGUAACACACCCAGGUGGAAAAGCACAACUUGCAGCUGGCUUGAAUUUUAUUGAAAUUCUGUUUUUCGCCUCCGUGGGACUUUGGUUUGAUAGGUUUACAUGACCACAGUGAGAACAUUUCAGAAUUUUUUAAAAAUACUCCUUCAAACAUCUGCUGAAUGAUUUGAUUCAAGUGUUUAGUGGGGGGAAAAUAACUACCUCGAAAGUAGAAGCACAAACUCUGGGAGAAGAAAUAUGAGAGAGGGGAUUCAAGGGACAGUAGGAGCUUUGGGGGGUGGCAGGUAGGUCACCAUGGCUUAGCCUCCACCUUCCCCAGGUUAGGCAAGUGCCAAAGCCACAGUGUCUAGUCACAGAAAAAUCACAGGUACCCAUUUUGCCAAUGAAGCCCAUUUCUAAGUCUAUGACUGUCCCUAUGCCCCUUUGUCUCCUGGCAGCCCAAAGCUGAGCUCUACAGGGCUGAUCCUCCCCUCUCUGUUUGUCCCUGAGAAGGAUCCCUUUUAUUGCCUCUUGCCAUAUCAAAAGCUUCCCCGUGGUCAGCCUUUGCCUGCAUCCUGUCCUGCCCCUCACCUCUCCCUGAGCACACCCCACUGUUGUGACGGCAUCCUACCCAUUAAAGUGGAUUAAAUUAUUUUGCAAUGGGUCCAUCUAGUUUUUCUAUCUAGGACAGCUACCUGAACUAUCUGCAGAUCUGUAGGCCUGAUAACUACAUCUUCAUUGAGCUUAUGUAACUGACUGACGCAUCUGAUAGAAUGUUUUUCUUCUACCUACUAGACAGCAGCAAGCAAUUUGAGGUUGGCAUUCCUGGAGAGAUCCUGGGACGAGGGGUCGGGUAGCUGCCACACCAAUGCUAAUUCAUAGUUUUGUUUAGUUUGCUUGGGUACAGAAAGGAUGGGAAUCCAGCACGAGAUUUUAGGAACCUUUUCUUAUAGAUGAAAGGUGUUAUGAUAAAAACUGAAAAUUAAGUCUGCUUUUCUAUGCCCAAAGAAAAUUCAGAGUUGCUUUAUGGUUCCUUGUUCUGGAAGAUUCUAGACUCUUUGACCAAAUCAGUAAAUGUAAAUGGUAAGUGGUUAAAAAUUUAUUCCUGGCCUUCAGGUUGACUCUUUCAGUAGUGACUAUCCCUUGUUCUCUGUCUUCUAAUAUUUAACAUAAAUCGAGUCUCCACCCUCUGCCCUCAUCCCUGCUCUGUCUCUUCCCUACUUCUCUUCUCUCCUACCCCAGGGCCGUCAACUUACAGUGUGUGGUUCUCCAUGUCCUUAUCUCUGAUCCUACAACCCCCAUGCCCCUGCUGUACCUGAUCCCAAUGCCAGCCACACUCCUUCCCUCCUGUUCUCACCCUGCAGUCUCCUGGACUCCAUACCUUGAAUGGUCAUGUACCAUGGACGGUCACCCAGCCGUGCGUUUUGCUUCCUUUGUGUUUAUCCUUCAGCUGGUGUGCACUGGGCGCCCAGUGCUAGUCAAGUGCAAUGCCAGGCCCUCAGGAUGCAGUAGUGACCAAGGGGAGCCACGUCUGCCAGCCUUCUGCCCUGGAGGAGGUGACUUUCACACCUCCAGACCUCUGAGGCCAUGUUGUUUUGUGUCUGGCAGUGACCACUGUCCUUCCACGCCAGUGUCUGUGUGUCCACGUUCUGUUUAUUACCAGCCCAGUGUGCUGCCUUCUCCUCCCUGAGGCUUUUCUGUAGAGAUCCCACCCCAGGCAUCUCUUCGCUGCUUCAUCUCCUGCCUGUCUUGCUGUUUUUCCUUGCAUGAGAGUCUCUUGAGUAAUUUUGCUGCUCGUCAGCAUAGGCUCCCUAAAGGCAGGGCUGGGACUCUCCUGGCUCUGUUGUCCCACACCAUCCAAUAGAAGGACAGAUGUAGCAAGUGUGCAAUAGAUGGAAACCUGGUAAAUACAGGAAUUAAUGGAAGGUCACUGAAAUUUUCCUCCAAAGUGUUUUGAAUAUGUGUUACUUGUUCUUCAUCAAAAGUUAGGAAAAUUGAUUUUCUUCUUCUGCGAGUGUGUCCCAGGUAUACACUAAGUGAUUUACGUCCUGAGUCAAAUAAAAUUGUUUGGAAAGUAUACAGAGGACACACUUGUGUUUACAGACAUAUUUUCUUAAAUUAUGUAAAGCUAAUAUAUUGUUCAAAUGGCAGAGUAUCUUCCAAAAUUAAAUGUUUAAAAUUUAUCUCUGCUAUUAUUUUACUUGAUGUUAAGUAUACUAAUAGCAUCUUUCUCUGGGAACUCACACGAAGAGGAAAACGCGCUGAAACCUUGCCUUGGGCCCCAGCUCUGCCACCUACUGAUUGUGCAGCCUGGGCCAAGCUGUGCAGCUUCUCUGCAUCUCAGUCUUCUCCUGCCGCUGUAAGGAGCUUAACAGACUGGGCCUUGCUUGCUUUUGCGUCUCCAUUUCUAAAACAGCACUUUGGUAAUAGGUACUCACUUGAUCUCGGAUGGAAGGAAGGAAGAAAUUACCUACCUUAUUUGUCUAAUCUAUUUUGAGAGUUAACAGUGUUGGCUUUAAAUACAGUGAAUGUACACCCCAUAGCCACUUUAAUUUUCCUUUUCAAGUUCAAAAACUGCUCUUUUUGUUAGGAGGCGAUUUCAUUGAUCUUAUGAUGACCAUAUUCUUUGCUAUAUUGUAUGUAUGUAUGAGGGCCUGUCAGCAUGCCAUCUCUCAAAACUAGUUUAUUCACCUCUUUAGGGCUGUAAUAAUUCAGGCAUACGAGGAUACUGUGUUUUUUGCUUGGUGCUUGAGAUUAAACCCAGGACUAAGCUACACGCCCAUCCCUGUAUUUUGUUUUAGUGUAUAUAAAAAAGUAUUCAGGAAUACUGGAUUUCGAUAGCAUAAGAGUGUGCUUAGCGUGUGCUUAGCAUGUGCCGGGCCCUGGGUUCAAUUCCUGAUAUGUGGUGAGUGUGCGCUCUCUCUCUCUCUCUCUCUCUCUCUCUCUCUCUCUCUCUCUCAGUUCUAGUAAAUUGUCAACCAUUAUAACAAGUUAUCACAGUUCUAUUAUACCCAAAAUUUAAAAUUGUCCCAACAAAAUACGGUCAUUAAACUGUUAAUGCUCACAAUACAUAUAACAUUUUUGACACUUCUAUUGUUAAUCCUCUUGUUGUUUGAGAGCAUUGGGGGUUUUUGUUGUUUUUCGGGUUUGUUUUUUUUUUUUUUUUUUUUUUUGCUGGGGGGCUAUCUCAUUUUAGAUUAUGGUCAAUUCUGAGAACUGUUCCCUAAGAAGCAUUCAUACAUUUACAGCAUCCCAGGGAGGGUAGAAAGGAUACAAUUAUUUCAAACCUGAAUAAAUUUGGUAGGAAGGUGGUCAGGAGCAGAAUAGUACAGUACUUCCUUUCCAUUAAAAAUGAUGUGCUGUCUUCAUAGUCAGGAGCACCCUCCCCACCUCUGAAGUGGUGCUUUUUAAAAGUUUGCUUAUUGCUUUUGCAGAAUAGAAAGUUCAUCAUUUUGUCGAGUAAUUAGAUUCACUCAUUUACUUUGGCACGGGAGAGAUCUGUAUUUUAAAAUUGCAUUUUUCCCCCUUUCUUCAACGUCAGGAAGAGUGAAGAUGCACUGUAAUGCUAUGCUUAAGUAAAAUUACACAUUCGGGGCAUCUAAAUUGGCAUGCCAAAUUAUAGGACAUUUUAAUUAUUAUGUGGAUGUGACAGAUUCAAUUAUUUUUGAACUCUUUGAGAAAGCUGCCCUUAGCAGUGAUUCACGGUAGUAAACAAAAGAUUAACAGGAAAAUGCCCUUUGUGAGACUUAAUAAAUGUUUCCGAUUAAAUGCCAGCAUUAACUGCAAUAUCUAGAUGUGGAAAAACAACCUGUGUCCUGCUUAGAAUUUCUGCCUAUUCUCUUCAGAUAAAUUUACCCUAAACACGGCCUAAAUGAAGAACUAAGUACCACUUAACAUCAGAACGGUUUUGCUAGGUGCGUCAUUUGGGCCAAUUGUCUCAGACUCUUUCUUCUCUCUGAAACCAUUAACCAAAGCCACUAAUAAGAAGAAAUGCACAGCUAAGAGCCCCCUCCUCUCCCUUUCAAUUUCCAGUGGACAUAUUAAUGAGCAAUAAAACGGCUAAAAGGCAGGCAGCUGAAGAAAGAGAGAGACAGAAGCAAGGAAAGGUAAUUGUGAAAACAGAUCUCCGGACCCUCGGCAAUUCAGAUUGGGCUGCCCCCGUGUGCUGCGUGGCCGUGAUCACUGGAAUUUUGAGCUCAGUUUCUUAAUUGCUUCUUUAGUCUUAUCCAAAGAGAAAAUUGGAUUUCUAGAGAUUUCUUCUGUGCAGAGCAAUUAUGCUAAAGCUGCUUAGGUAGCAGCUCUUUUGGCCAGUCUUUUGCUCUCAGAAUAAUAAACUACAGCAGAGGUGACUUCACAGUGCACCUUAACCUCACCAACAGGGGUUUAGCCCCUCUUCCCAGCAGACAACGGUGUUGGCCCCUAAAGAAAUUCCACAAGCGUUUACUUCCCUUCCAGCUGUUGCGCAGAUUUUAUCAAACCCGCUAGGCAGCUUAUUUGCUGUCAGGUCACUGCUGUCCGGUUUCCUGACAUUACUUUGUGUUUUAGAUAAAUUGAGUUUGAUUUUCUUCAAUCAAGAAGUUACCCAUUUUAAAAGCACUAACUAAUAAUAACAACCCCAAAUGCCCUUGGCAGAAUAUAAAAUGCCACAGGACUGCUGAGUGCCUAUAAUCAUAGUCUAGAACUUUCAUUUUCUCCCUUUCCUAUAACAUUAUUAUAAUAAAAGGUCAGGUUAGGCCUUUGUUUGCUUCGUAAAACAGGGUAAUCAAACCAUUUAAACACCCUCCAGGCCUACCACCCAAAUAGAUUCUCUGUGUUCUCCUUCUCCUGCCCCUUUCCGAAAUAUUGUCUGAGUUAUAAUAUGUUGCUGCAAAACAUUGUGUUUCAAUGGGCUUCUUUCUGCUGAUUACCAGGUUUUGGAUUCAGGAAGACUGAAAGAAUAUGAUGAGCCAUAUGUUUUGCUGCAAAAUAAAGAGAGCCUAUUUUACAAGAUGGUGCAGCAGCUGGGCCAAGGAGAAGCCGCUGCCCUCACCGAAACAGCAAGA